GUGAAGCAAUGUGACAACGCUGAGCGCACCAGACACCACGCGCAGACAGUCGUAGGCAUAGACAUAAUAUGGUCGUAGGCCUGUAGCGAAGUUUGACAAGAAAUGGAAGCUACUUUUCUUACAGUUCUUCUAGCUGUUUGCAGGUACGCUCUCUGUAAAGAGUCACACAUCUUUGAUGGGGAUGUUGUUAAUUUCGCUGUUGGGGUCGAUAAACUGUUAGUCCUCACGGAUAGGCCUACUCAGCUUCACCAGAUGCGGCUCGACCUCAACCCAGAGACGCGGAAAGAAAUAUCAAAUGCAACAACUUCAAACAAAGUGAUGACUUCCCUUUCAUCAGUAACGGCUCAGUGAUAACAUGUGGAACAUACGACUGCGGAUACUGUGAAGUUCUUGACAUCAAUAAUAUUUCCAAGACGAUACACAAGGAAACCAUGAUCGGCAUUGGAGCCUACCCAAACAUAGCGGUUAUUAGGCCUAUUGACCAUGGACAUGGAGAUAACAAAUACUUAAUGGCGGGGGGAAACACAGAAAAAUCAGAAUGUGACAUCGAUGGCCUGGUAACAUUGCGGUACACAAAAGAUGGACAGUUUACAGGUGGAAUUUUCUCUAAAACAGACAUCCAUGGGAUGCCGUCCGCAAGCAUUCACAAUAUUCGUGGCUCAGGAGUAGAGUUUGUCGAUGGCUUCCAGCACACAUCCUCACAUGUAUAUCUACUGUUGAAUAAAAAGAGAGGUUCCAAGUCGACAGAGAAGCUUUUGAGUCUGGACCGUACACCAGUGACGGAAAAUACACCAAAGCGGGCACAUUUACAACCCUCCGAGGUGGUGCGGUCCUGCAGUGCUGUGAAAGCGACGUAGGCAGACCGUGGAAGCUUCUGUCCUCCGCUGUUAUUCCAGGAGAGUCGCCCAUCCUUUGGGCAGGUGUCUUUCAGGUCGAGACAAAUCCCGGAGAUACCGUAGUUGCGGUUUUCGACAUCAGCCGAUCACGCACAGCGCCUGUUUCAGGUUUCUGUAUCAACAAAGGUGACGCGUGUCAAGAUAAAGAAAAGAAAGAGUCUAAUAAAAUCACGGAUAAAGUUCUCAGGCGCGCUGCUGUGGUGUUCAGGAACAGCUCCAUCACAUCUGUCGCUGCUUUGAAGAGCAACUCCUGGAUUGUUCUUUUCUUUGGCACUGGAACUGGACGACUGAUCAAGGUUGCUUUAGAUGAGUCCCUCAAACUUGGCUGCCCUACUGUGUUGUACAGUUCAGGGGAGGAUCGGCCAUUUUUGCGCAAGAUGCUCUUUGAUCCUGUGAAUAACAAAGACAUUUACAUAGCCCAGGGAAACCAGAUGAUAAAGGUCCCUGUGGCCCAGUGUGGUGUGUAUCAGACUCUGAGGGACUGCUGGUCGGCCCUGGACCCCUUCUGUGGCUGGUGUGUGUCUCAGAGCAGAAACCAGAGAUUUUGUCUCUGAUACCAGACAGGGUCUCCCUCAAAGGCACAUGCUACGCUCUUAUAACUGGAAGGAACCUGGAAUCAGUCACAAAGAUCGUCUCUGGACUGCAAUCCCAAAGAGUCCCCAGUGUUGUCCUGUUCAGGUAACUCCAGCUUUGUGGAUUCUCUGACAUUCCACAUUCCGAGCGGAACCAAAGGUGCCGUGAGAGUGUGUUUGUUGACGCCGGAUGCCCAAUGCCAUGGCAACGUCAAACUCUCCUACGAUUCCCAGAAUGCACCAUGUGACCUCCUGCUAGACUCCUGGUUCCUGGCCCUGCUUCCUCACUGCUUCAAAGUUGUUCUCCUCCUCGACAUGUUUGCGCUGCUGGCCUUGUGUCUUCUGUGCUCCAGUGCCUGGGCUCAACACCAGACGGAUCGGUACUCUUUCUCUGAAACCGUGGGCAGCGGCACCGGAACCCGGUAUGCCACGCCUGGAACGGGCCGCAUCACCGCUGUUAGAAUGUGGGAGCAGAACAACAACAUUGUCACUGGGUUUCAGCUGAAGUAUGGCUUCGCCUGGAGUCCUCAGGUCGGCCCCAACACCACCAACCUUGUGGAGAUGUCCCUCUUUAAGGGCGAGGCCAUCGCCCAGGUAUCAGGGAAGUACAUCCCCAGCAACUUCAUCUCCCUGCUGCAGUUUGUGACCAACAUGGGCCGUGUCCUGGCAGCGGGCCAACCUCAGGGCCUGUCCUUCAGCCACUACGGCACCAACAGCGAGAGCGAGCUGAGGAUCCUCAGUGGGCGUGCCAGCAGAGCGGGCAUCACCUCCCUAGGUGCCCACUUUGACAGUAUGGACGAUAUGAGGUACGAGACGCAUGGCACAGGCAAUACCACUACCAUGGUGCCUUUUCACUAGGGGCCACCUUUCAUUUUAAUUAUGUCAAGCUCAGCUCUUACAUACUCAUAAAAGUCUUUAAUUUAAUCUUUAGUUUAAUAAUUUAAUCAUUUAAAGUCUGUCAAGAUUAGUAUUUUGUAUGUUGAGUAAACGUUUGAGAAAAUUACAUCUUCUCAUAUUGGGUUCACAUAAUGUCCAUGCUGGUUGUGGUUUGUUUCGUGACAAAUGCUAUGAAUUAAUAGUAUUAAAUGUAUUAAAAUAUGACUGAUUGAAAGACAUUAAACAUUCAUUAAAAGGCAAAGUCUUUGAUUACCUAUGAUGACACAUCACAUUAAAUAGUUUAAUACUUCUAUUUUAAGAUUCACAUGAGGGGAAAUCAAUGUUCCAACACUUUUAGUUUGAAAAUUAUUUUCAGACUUUAUCACAGACCAACCCUUACAAAAAAUACACUAGAGGCAAACUAUCAGCAAAAAAUACACUAGAGGCAAACUACCAGCAAAGUUCUGGCAACAAUGAGAAGUUUGCCACUAGUGGCAAAUAUGUUCGCCAGUGAUUUGCCACCACACUUAGCCAGUAGACGGCAACAGUCCCACCCCCUGCUGAUUACGGAAGUAAGAAUUCAAUACAAUUUCUCAAUUGACAACUGGAGUAUGAUGUUUAAAUUUAUAUGUCGUUCUGUUUAUGACUCCUAUGUUUGCAUGUGGCUAUUGUUUUGAACCUAUGAUCUUCCUUGUCAAAAAAGAAAGGCAUUAUUAAAGAU